AUGUGCGGCAUCAAACAAGUCGUCGACGAGUGCAGAACCUGCCGCGGCAUCGUCCUUAUAGAAGAGGUCCCCAUCAUAUGCCAAAGGAGAACAUGGACAUUCCCUGACACCUUUGGACACGCAAAGACCUACUGCCCCGACCAAGGACGAGUAUACGUCGAAAAGAAGCCAAGAAUCAACCAGUGCCGGGUCUGCCGCUGGGACUCACUCAAUAUCACAACGAACCUGGACAUGCCCUGCCACCAGCGCUCAGAUAGCAGCCUAGGUACUCGCUCACUAUCCCACGGUGUGGAACAGAGCCGAUCGACGAGCCCUUGCCAGAAUGAUAGUGUCCUUAGUGUACCGACCGAGAAGGAGCCGAAAGGCAUGGUUAAGAUGGUGAAAGGUUUCUUUGGUAAGUAUCUUUCCAAGGUUAUUCCUGGGGUUCGUAGGUCCUCGCAAUCCACUUCGUCUUGGUCGGCUCUAGACCAGUGGGAGGAUAUUUGUGGUGAUGAGGACACCAGGGACAAGAAGAAGAAAAAGAAGAAGGCUUCGUCUAUACCGACAGUGAUUAAGGUGCGAGAGUUCCCAACGCUGACCACGGCGCAAGUCCCAUAUUCCGCUGAACAAAGGCUUGCCGAGGCUCUACACGUUGGUUUAUGCUAUUGCUUUACGAUGGAGAUCAUCUCACCGACUACAGGGGCUACCUGCAACGGUCCCCAAUCGGCACCAGCGAAGCCAAAACAUCCAAUCAUCAUCUGCCAAGGCCCUCGAAGGACACAUCACGAUUCUGGUAUGAGAAACCCGAAUGCGAGAUGCGAACAGGGGGAGCAAUCCACCGUAUUCGUAUCGACUUGCAACCAUCGUGCACCCGUCAUCCAAAAGCGCUACAACCUCAUGGCUCAAGCGUAA